AUGAAAACCUCAACAGCACUUCGGAGGGCGACUCUGCCAUUUUGGGCUCGCACCUUUGGACGGCCUAACUCUCCUACGCUUGCAGCCCAACCCAGCCGUGCCAGCCUCAAGGUCCCCGUGGCAACCGCACGACUCCAUAGCUUGUCCGGCUAUAAGCUUCGCGCUAGUUCCCGCCCCGAGAACCUGUCUGUGGUCGCUGUGUCUGCGUCGCCCUCGCCCACUGCCGAAGGACGCCAGCGAAAGUCCAAGAUGAGGAUCGGAUGCUUGCAGUUCGCGCCUCAGGUCGGCGACGUCGAUGGCAACCUGAGUCGCGCCGAUGCCGCGCUAUCCAGAGCCGACCCCGACGACCUGGACAGCCUGGACCUGCUGGUAGUCCCGGAAAUGGCAUUCAGCGGAUACAAUUUCACCUCACUCAGCCAAAUCAUUCCGUUUCUGGAGUACGCAGGGACCGGCAUCAGCUCGCUGUGGGCUCGCUCAAGGGCCCUCAAACACAACUGCCAUGUCGUUGUCGGCUUUCCGGAGCAGGUCGACGUCUCCGAUAAGUGGCCCACGUCGCCCGAGUACUACAACUCCGCCAUCGUGGUCUCCAACGAAGGGGAGACGAUAGCCACUUACAGGAAGCACUUCCUGUACAUGAUCGACGAGACCUGGGCCUUGGAAGGCUCUGGCUUUGGCAAGGAGUAUAUUCCCGGUUUGGGGCAGACCGCCAUGGGUAUCUGCAUGGACAUCAACCCCUACAAGUUUGAAGCACCAUGGCAUGCCUUCGAAUUUGCCUUCCAUGUCUUGGAAGUUCGAGCAAAUCUGGUUAUCUUAUCCAUGGCAUGGCUUACUAGAGAAGACGUGGCGACCUUCACAAGCAAACCCGACGAACCAGAUAUGGAGACUCUGACUUACUGGGUGCAACGAAUGGAACCAAUCAUCCGCGCCGAGAACGAUGAAGAAAUCGUCUUCGUCUUUUGCAACAGAUGCGGUAUCGAGGGCGAUACCGUCUACGCCGGAACCAGCACCGUCAUCUCGAUCAAGCAGGGAGAGUGCCGUGUUCAUGGCUUGCUUCCGAGGGGCCGUGAAAGUCUCCUUGUCGUCGAUACAGAUGAUCCACCCCUGGGGAAGCUCAUAAGUCGGGUAGAUACGGAAUUGGAUUCGGAUGCUUCACCUGAAGACGUCUCUGUGCCUACGGCAUCUGAAGACGGCGCUCUUCCGAAUGGCUCCCCUCACACCGGAUAA